CCGUAUCAGAUUUGGUAUUAUCCUGUUCAUUAACGACUUUCGCAAUCUCUCUUUGACUUUGAAAGCUAAAAAUCUGAUCCCAUCUGAGAUAGAGAAAGUUUUCUGGGUUUCAUUCAUCUGAAUCUGAGCUAAAUUUGUGAAGUUUCUGCAAUGGCUGCUGCGGUGGGAAGGAUUGGAGGGGGGGUUGGGGGUUACGGUUCAGGCUCUGGCUCUGGUUCAUUGGAGCGGUUGAGGAAUUCUGGGAAGAAGCGCAGGAACGAGAAGGAUGGGUUCAGAGUCUCCUGCGUUUCUUCCCCUUCCGUUACUGAUCCCUACAAGACUCUUAGGAUUCACCAUGGCGCCACUGAAUCUGAGGUCAAGAAAGCUUUCAGACAGCUUGCUCUUAAGUAUCACCCAGAUGUGUGCAGUGGAAGUAAUUGUGGGAUCCAAUUUCAUCAGAUUAAUGAAGCAUAUGAUAUAGUUAUGAGUCAUUUGAGAGGCGAGGCGAGGUUGCCACAGAACGAGAUGUACAAGCAAUAUGAUGAGGCAGGGAGAGAUGAGCAGAUGGGAGGGAUGUACGACCCCGAUGAUCUCUGGGAAGAAUGGAUGGGGUGGGAAGGAGCCGGGAUUCGCGACUACACUUCCCAUAUCAACCCUUACAUCUGAAUCUGCAAGACUUUGAUCCACCUUUCUUGUGGCCAAAGCCCACCAGCUGGGAAACAGGUGGUUGAGGUUCCUGUACAGAAUGAAGUAGUCUCAGGAGUUUAGUUUUUCUGAUAUGAGAAGUUGUAGACUCUCUUUUCCCCACUGUAAAUACCAUUAUUAACUAUGAUAUUCAAUCAAAAUGAAUAAGUUUCAUCUUCUUGGUUAAA